AUGGGUCGCCAUUCGUCCGAUCGUUCGAUAUCCCCAGACAGAGACCGAGGUCGCAGGAGCUCCCCGCCUGCAGAAAGGGCAGCAUCACGGCACAGAAGUUCCCGUAGAGAUGUGUCGCCUUCACCAGUAGCCCGGCAGAAGAAGAACUCACAUCGGGAUGCCUCUCCAUCGCCGAAAGAGAAAAGACGUGUCCAUACUAAAUCCCCUAAUGGUGAAAGGUCUGCUUCUCUUUCCCCUCGUUCUAAGAGAUUAAGGCGAGCACAAGCGGGGAGAGAGGCGGAUAAACUGGGAGAUGGUAGAGACCAUGGAAGGAAUCGUGGCAGGGAAAUGGAUAGGGCUAUCCGUAAGGACAGAGAGGGUUCGGAUGUGCCCGAAAGAGAACGUGAAAGAACUCGUGGCAAAGGAGGUGCACAUCGGGAAAGGGAAGCUCACAAGGUGAUUGACACGGAAAAUGACAAAGACCAUGGGACUGGAGGUGAUAAGGCUGCCUAUAAAGGCAGAGGUACAGAAGAUAGGGAAAAUCGGGGCGAGAGGAAGGAGAGGAAGCACGGUCGAGAUGAGAACGACCGAAAAUCGUCUAGAGAUAGACAUGAGCGUUCUGCUUCUCCAUCUGAUCGGCACCACAAGAGAAGAUAUGGAUCUCAGUCACCUCAAGCAGCUGCUCAGAAGAGAGAACGGGACGAGGUCACCAAGUAUGGAGGAGCGGGCGGAAGGAAUAGUGAGGAUGAUUCUGUAGCUAAGAUGAAGGCGGCCGAAGAGGCCUUGGAAGCGAGCCAGAAACAAAAACCAUCAUUUGAGCUGUCUGGGAAACUUGCUGCGGAAACUAAUAGGGUUCGAGGUGUCACUCUCCUGUUCAAUGAGCCUCCAGAGGCUCGAAAACCCAAUAUAAGAUGGAGGCUUUAUGUUUUUAAGGGUGGUGAAGCGCUGAAUGAACCUCUCUAUAUACACAGGCAAAGUUGUUAUCUUUUUGGUAGAGAGAGGAGGGUGGCAGAUGUUCCUACGGACCACCCAUCCUGCAGCAAGCAACAUGCUGUCAUUCAAUUCCGGCAAGUAGAAAAGGAACAAUCUGAUGGUACUUUAUCUAAGAAAGUAAGCCCUUACCUGAUGGAUCUUGGAAGCACUAACAAGACUUUCAUUAAUGAUAAACCCAUUGAACCCGAGCGUUACUACGAACUUUUCGAAAAAGACACAAUCAAGUUUGGUAAUAGUAGCCGAGAAUACGUGUUAUUGCACGAGAACUCAUCAGAGGUAUCACCAAGUCCUUGA